AGGUAUUUCUGAAAAAAAUUCAGCAUCAUGAAGCCUAUAUUUUGCGGGAAUCUGGACUUUGACGCUAAGCAAUCCGACGUUGAUCGCCUUUUCAGAAAAUAUGGGAGGGUGGAUCGCGUAGAUAUGAAAUCUGGAUUACUCUUGGUCUUCCUGGAUGGAUGGUUCUCUCUGCUUUAAUUUUCUGGCUUGUGCCCAAGAUACAUGUUUGUCUGUCCGAAAGAAUCGAUAUUUCUGCCAUGCUCUACCAUUCCACACUACCUGUAGAUCAUUCACUUUUCUAUUCCUCACCACUUUGCCCAGUCACCGAUUUCCAACAUGUUUCGACAUAGAUUCAUGUUCAAUUCGGAUCCAGUGGCAGGUGUUAUGUUCUCUUCAUGCAAAAGUUUUUUUCCCUUUCCUCUCCAAUGUCUCCAUCUUAUUUGCAGGGGUUUUGGAUGUUGUAAUUGUUUACCUAGCAUCAUUAUGUUACAUUGUGCAAGGCUUCUGCUUUGUCUAUAUGGAAGAUGAGCGGGAUGCAGAGGAUGCGAUCCGGAGGCUUGACAGGAUAGAGUUUGGCAGAAAAGGGCGCAGAAUUCGUGUUGAGUGGACCAAGCAAGAGCGUGGUAGCAGAAGGCCUGAUAGCACCAGAAAAUCUUCUUCCAGUGCACGACCUUCUAAAACGUUAUUUGUCAUUAACUUUGAUCCUAUCAAUACUAGGACCAGGGACAUUGAAAAGUAUUUUGAGCAUUAUGGGAAGAUAUCCAAUGUCAGGAUCAGAAGGAACUUUGCCUUUGUGCAGUAUGAGUUGCAGGAAGAUGCAACCCGAGCAUUAGAGGAAACUCACUUAAGCAAGUUCAUGGAUCGAGUUAUAUCAGUUGAAUAUGCAAUCCGGGACGAUGAUGACAAAAGAAAUGGGCACAGCCCUGAUGGAAGAGGACGUGACACGUCUCCUGAUAGAAGAAACUAUGAUCGCAGACGUUCCCCAAGUCCCUAUCAAAGAGAUAGGGGUAGCCCUGACUAUGGACAUGGAUCUGUACCAAAUUCUAGAUCAGAACGAAGGGGCAGUCCUCAAUAUGGAAGAGCAGAAAGCCCUGCCAAUGAUAGAUACAACAGUCGUUCACCCCCGCCUCCACGGGAGAGGUCUCGAUCACGAUCCCGGUCUUGAGAAGGAAGAACACUGUUGGUAGCAUUUGGUAGAAUCUAUUCUCUUCAUUCUUCCCUGCAAAUUUCUGCAAGUGUUUUUCAACUAGUUAUUGUUAAAACUUUGGGUAGAGAGUGUUGUAGCCUAUGCAUAGUUGAAUUCGAUUGUGAUUCGUACUUAUGUCAAACUGUUCUAUGUCUCAACUUAUGUGUAUCUGAUUGAUCUUGUAUUUCAUGGAUAAAUUGAUGUAAUCGUGCUUUGGUUUAUGAUUUAUGUCCAAUUUUAUGGAUCA